AUGGAGCAGAUCAAGCAGCGUAUGCAAGCCCUCCGCGUCGAGGCCGACGAGAGCGCCAACCGAGCCGAGGAGUUCAAGAACAAGGUCAAGGCGCUGGAGGCGGAGAACACCCAGAAGGAACAGGAAAUCACCUCCUUGACCCACAAGAACCAGGUGCUGGAGGCCGAGGUGGAGAAGCUCGAAGCGUUAGUCAAGACCUUCAAGGAGGAGGCCGGUGCGGGCGCUGCCGCCGGCACCCAGGCCGAAACCCUGCAGCGCAAGAUCCAGGUUCUCGAGGAAGAGGCUGAGGAGUCUGACAGGACGAUCCGCGAGCUCAACGAGAAGCUCCGCCAAACCGACGUCAAAUCCGGCCACUACGAGCGCAAAGUCCAGGCUCUUGAGAACGAGCGAGACCAGUGGGAGGCCAAGUUUGAGGAGCUCAACCAGAAGUACCAGCAGAAGCAGAAGGAGCUUGAAGACCUGGCCCAGGAGCUCACCAACAUCUAA